UUGAUUGUCCUUUGUUUUAGAAAUCUUGUAAAAGACUAUGAUUACGUAUUUGCAAUCUGCAACCUGUUGGGGGCGUCUAUUGGAACCACGGUAACGCUGGCUUGCAGCAUUGAAUUUUCCAUGUUUAAGAUUCCAUGUACAAUCAGUGGAAUCUUCAUGCACUUUUUCUACACUGCGACAUUAGCAUGGUUAGCCACUGAGGGUGUGCAUUACUACCUCAAGAUUAAAGGAAAAACUAUUGAGGAAGGCUAUACAAAUAAACGAUAUUACAGCGCAUUCGGGUGGGCUCUUCCCGCCGCACUUGUAGGUAUAUUUGUUGGUGUACACAGGGGAUACGGCAAACAUGACAGGUGUUUGUUAACUUCGUAUUCUGGUAUCUUGUCAGCCUUUAUAUUUUCAGCUGUUCUAUUUUUAUCAGUAAAAUCUAUCCUAUUACUUGUUGCGAUGCGAGGUUACAAAGAUUCUCGGACAGCUAAGUACAAGAAUAUAUUCGUGAAGAUAAGGAGAUGCGUUGUUGAAUCAGUGUUUUUGAUUCCUUAUCUCGGAGUAAUAUGGGUAUUUGGUAUGACUAGUCACAUAUGCUAUGUAGUGCAAGUACUAUUCUAUGUCAUGUUUGCUUUACAAGGACUGGUUCUCUCAAUCUACUGUUAUUUCACAAAAGAGAUUGAAUUAGCAAGAGGUCGAAGCACGAGACAAGGGUUGUUGCGGCUGAGGUCAUUAUCUAAACAGGGACUGGUUUUUGGAAGAGUACCUUUAGAAGAAGUCGCCUCGCCUACAGAAACAGACGCUCACAUUGAGCUGGGUGAAAUUCAGAAACAAAUGCAAGCAGGCCGGGAUGAUGAUAAUUCCAAUAACACACCGGCUACAAAAGAUGAUAAAAGUAUAUUUAAAGAUUCAAACCAGGAAACCAUACCUGAUGAUAUAAAACUGAGUGAAGCCGAAGCCAAUGAUACAGAAACCGUAUUACUGCACGAGGAAAAACUCAGCGAAACGGAACGUUAAAGUAAAGCCACACGCUCAUCUAUUGCUGCAAAAAUGGGUAGUUUAUGGUUUCAGUAAAUACUUUUCAUAGUUUGAAAUUUGGCUUCUGGAAUCACAAAUAAUACAAGGUUUUCAAUUUGAAUAUAAAAUAAUGGAAUUCAACUAUACACUAUUGUAAUGUAACAUCCAGAGCUUCCACUCUGUGAGCGCGUAAACCAAUUUACAUCUACCCAAUGAUAAUUUUACACGCGGCUAAAGCGCACGACGGGGUCACUUGAUAAUUAAUAUGAAAUCUGAAAUAAUUGACAACAUAGGCCAACUUGGCCACACGUAUAUUAUAGGCAUAAGUCGACUUGUAAAUUAACAUAAAAAGGUCGUAAAUGGUGAGUUUAGACUUGCCCCUAAUCUUAGGGUUUAGCAUUGCAUGGUCAAAUGAGAGUUAGAAUGGAUUACAGCACAAAUGUCAGGAGCACAAAUGAUGUGUGCACCGGGAGAAAAGUGUAGAGUUAAUUAUUGUGUGGUUCAAUGCAUAACAUGCCAAUGUAUGCAUGCAAUGUAUGUAAGUUUGAGGGAAACUCCGAAGAUAAAGAUGCAAGUAAUAGUGAUUCAACAAUUAAUGUUUCCAACAAUGUGCAUUAAUGCCGCAGAAAUUUGAGUUUCCGAAUGUUUAAUUGAAGAACCAUAUACGUAUUUAUGAAUUUAGUGUGUGACAUAACCUACCACAACACUCACAACGUUCUUUUAUGGUACUAUCGUUCUGUGUUUUCUGGGUGUUUUUUUCUGGAAUAACGUUAUGCAUAAUCCAUCCAUAAUUUACAGUGACAAAACCUAACCACAAGAAGUAGGAAAAACCACAUGAAAUAGACCUACUCUCUUAAUGUAAAAGAAUGAAUUUUUACUCGAAAAGAGUGUCUAUAGGGACCACUCCAAUUUCACUAUUUUCGAGUGAAAAUUCACUCUUAAAUGAGUAAAUAUUAAUCUUAAAAUAGCGAAAAAUUACUAAAAUUCACUCUGAAUGUAGUGACAUCUCACUCUUUUUAUUUCACUCCAUGAGGAGUGGUCCCUGUAGGCACUCUUUCACUCUUUUUUCACUCUUUUGCAUUUAUAGAGUAUAAUGUUUGAAAUUAUUGUUUUUCUCUAUUUUGUAAGUUUAUUCUUAUUGCCAAAUCGUCAAUAUACAAACGUAGAUUGAUUUGAUUUUAUUGGAACUAAUCUGGUUCUAUCUACUCUAAAAGAAAACUUACAGUAUUGUAAGAAAGAUAUACCUUAAAAUAACUGGCUCUACAAAUUUGAAGUUGACAAACAAUCGCAUCAUAAAAUGAUAAUUAAAAUGCCAUUAAAAACAACAAAACAGACUAAAACAGAAGCAAAAGAUAACUCAUAACGAGAAAAGACGGUUUUAUUAGUAUAAUACUGAGGCAAAAAAUGCAUAAAAAUUAUAAGAUAAAGAGAAAAAAACAACAAUUCAAUCCAAUAGAAAAACGUACGCAUUUUCUGUUUCUUAUCUGCUUUUAAAGAUAAAGAUAAGAACUUUCAUUAUUGAGAUAAAGCAAUAUUGUGCUAUCAGCACUCAAGUUGGAAUGGAUUGGAAUGGAUUGGAUUGAUUCGGUGUAAACACCAAGGAUAGCCCACGAAAGUCUAGAAGACUUAUUUCCAGUGGGGUCCUUCUGUUGGUGAUUGGGCAGUACGCCGGGAGACAACCCCCUAUACUCUUUUCCGAAGAGUGUACUGCGUCCUUCGUACGUGCACAUGGGCCAUAAAUGCACACGGAACCAACGGCUUAAUCGUCUAAUCCGAAAGACGGUGCGCUUAUUAUAACUUGUAUUUCAGCUCUCCAGCUGAAACAAAAGGAGAGGCAGCAAUAGGAAUUGAACCGGGGACCUACGGUUCAGCGCACACACAGUGGAUACCUCCUGAUUAGCCGACUGAGCUAAGCUGCUCUGUAACUAACUACGACAAGUUAGAUAGUAUAUUUGUCAUUGUACUGUAAAUAUUAAUGCUCGACUAGAUAUGCAUGACACAACCCCCUCUGUCGACAUUAACAUUUAAUUAUUUGCUAUUAAAUAUGUUUUUACUUCACUACUAUAAGCUUUUUAAGAAAGGCAAUCAAAUUUUAUUUUAAUACUACAGAAGAAGGAAGGUUAAGAAUCUAUUGUAAAUUUUUAUCGAACUGGCUGUUUACCGUCACCGAGUCUCCCAAAGCUAGUUGUCAAUAGACUUAUGUUUCUCUAUUAGAAUAACUGUACUGCGGCAGUGCCAAUAACCACUGCCAGGUGGGCUAGGCAAAUCAUGACGCCUCGACCACUGAAACUUCUGUAUUAGAAUAACUGUUAAUCUUUUAGUAGGCCUACUGUUGUGUCAGUUCAUUAUUACAUGAAGUAUUUCUAUAAUUAUCGGUAUCUUUCUUAGCUUGAGGAGUCACAUACAAGUUCUGCAAACCUAUUUAGGCAUGUAAUGAAGAUAUAGGCCUACUAUUUAAUAUUGUAAAAAUAAGCAUUAUUUAUAUAUAUAUAUAUAUAUACAUUUUUUCGAAAGUUGUUAUACAUGUAAUAUGCAUUGUUAUAUAUUAUUUGUCUAUUGAAUGUGUGAUUGAAUAAUAAAAAUGGACUAUACUGUAUAGAGUAUUGACACGUACAAUAAUUAUACGUAUUGUUGCAUUAUGCCCACGUUGUUUGAUAUUUUAUGCAAUUUUUAUAUGAAUAUGCUAAUGCUUUAUCAAAAAAUAUGCAAAUGCAUUCACAUGCGCGAACCGGUCAGCAUGUACUCCAGCCAAGUGUUUCGAUGGGCAAAUAACGGGAUACUCAAAUGUGCCUUUCAGUGUUGUGUGCUUAUAAACAAUUAAAUCUUAUUUCGAUUACAA